AUGUCUCGCCCGGAGCUUCAAGCGCCUCCAGAAAUUUACUAUGGCGAUACAGAAGCCAAGAAAUACACUAAUAAUUCGCGCAUCCAACAGAUCCAAGCCGACAUGACAUACCGAGCUCUCGAAUUACUGAAUCUACCUCCCGAUGAGUCAGCCUUCGUCCUUGACAUUGGCUGCGGCUCCGGGCUCUCUGGUGAAAUUCUCGACGAGCAGGGUCAUGUGUGGGUAGGCGUGGAUGUUGCCCCAAGCAUGUUAGAGGUUGCCUUUGAACGAGAAGUAGAAGGAGACUUAUUUCUGCAAGAUAUUGGACAAGGAUUCGGUUUCCGGCCAGGUAGCUUUGACGCAGCAAUAAGCAUAUCCGUAAUCCAAUGGCUUCUCAAUGCCGAAACUUCACAUCCCACCUCCUCACCCCCACAUCGUCUCACUCGCUUCUUCACUACUCUCUUCGCUGCUCUUCGCAAUCCCUCUCGAGCUGUUCUACAAUUCUACCCGACAUCAGACGAUCAGAUCCAAUUGAUCACGUCUAUUGCGCAAAAAGCUGGGUUCGGCGGUGGCAUAGUGGUCGACUAUCCCAACUCGAACAAGGCGCGGAAAGUAUUUCUGUGUCUAUUUGUUGGUGGUGGCGGCGGAUCCCAACAGAUGCCAAAGGGUUUGGAGGAUGAGGGCCAGGAGAGUGAAGGGCGAGCGAUGUUCGAAAAGAGGAGAGAGCGACAGUCGAAGUCAAAGAGUGGGAAGCGCAAAAGCAUAAAGGACAAGGACUGGAUUUUGAAAAAAAAACAGCUGUAUCGGCAACGCGGCAAAAACAACGUCCCUCACGAUUCAAAAUACACGGGACGCAAACGGAAGCCUGUAUUCUGA